AUGGAACAAACCACACCAGCCUUGAUUACAGAAGUGACAAGAAUAUAUGCCUAUAACCACACCUAUCAGGAAUAUUGUGUCAUGGAGAAGACAAUUCUCAGGUGGUUGAAUGUCAUCACUGAAGUGGUCGGAUUGGCAGGAAAUGCAGCUGUGGUCUGGUUCCUGGGCUUCCGGAUUCUGAGAAAUGCCAUCUCAGUUUACAUUCUAAAUCUGGCUGUGGCUGACUUUCUCUACCUAUGCUUUCAACUUAUAUAUUCCCUGAUUGAACUUAUCAUCGAUUUCCAUAAUAGUAUGAUCUAUGUCCCUUAUGUCUCUUACUUUGUGAUUUAUUAUUUUCAUACAGCAGGCCUGAGCUUCCUCAGUGUUAUUAGCCUGGAGCGCUGCCUGUCUGUCCUGUGUCCCAUCUGGUACUGGUUACGGCGCCCAAAACAUGUAUCAUCCUUCAUGUGUCUGCUGGUCUGGGUAAUAUUACUGAUGUUUACUGUUUUGCAAUUUUAUUACUGUGCAGGAUGGGGUGACCUUUCUUAUAGGAACUGGUGUCAGUUCUUUAGGUGUUCUCAUUAUGCGUUCUUGGGAUUUUUACUUUCACUUCUUACAGGGUCCAUCCUGGUUCUGGCUGUAAGAAUGUUUUGUGGUUCUAAACGAAUGUCACUAACAAGGUUGUAUGUUACCAUCCUUCUCACAGUCCUGGUCUUCAUCUUCUGUGGUCUGCCUUAUUGCCUCUCCUGGUUACUAAUAGAAGCAAGGGAGAUUGAUAUUUAUGUUUUCUCCUGUUACUUUAUUAGGCUUAUGGUUUUCCUCUCUUGUGUUAACAGCUGUGCCAACCCCAUCAUUUACUUCUUUGUUGGCUCCUUCAGGCAGCCGCAGAGGCAGACUCUCAAGCAGGUUCUGCAGAGGGCUCUGCAGGACACUCCUGAAGACAAUGAACGCAGAGGCAGACUUUCUCAGGGGACCCUGGAGAUGUCAAGAAGAGCUGAGCAAUGA